AAGCAAAACAUAAACAAUAACAAAACGACAUCAGCGCUACUACUACUACUACUACAACCACAACUACAACUAUUACCACUACGACUACUGCUACCUCUAAUAAUAAUAAUAACAGCAAUAACAAUAAUAAUAACAAUGAUAUUAAUAACAAUAAUAACAAUAACAAAACCGAUGUUUGAUCUUGAAUCAGAUGAUGCAACUCUAAUCUAAAACGACAAUGAAAUAUAAUUAAAAUAAAACAUAUAUUGAGUUUUUCACACACACACACACACACAUACAUACACACACAUACAUACAAACAAACAAGCAAGCACCAAUCCUCAAUUACUUAUAAAAUUUCAUUAAGGAUAAUACUUUUACUCUCAAGAUUAAUAUACCCCGUGUAAUCUACUGGAGGUUAUGGAAAAUCAAACAUGGCUUCCAAUGGCUAUGCAACACAGUCCGAGUUACAACAACAACAACAACAACAAACAGAAAAAUCAGCAACAACCUCAUCAUCAACGACGAACGACUGGAUUCGGCCCGACCAACCAAGUAGAUGUACUUACAAACUCGGAGUUACUUCAAUAAAGGACUCACCCCACACCCACAGACCAAGGGAAUCCAUAAUAAGGCCAAAGAUUUUCCCAAAUGUAUUGUCUCAAAUAGGAAACACGCCUCUUGUACGCAUGAACAAAAUACCAGCAGACGAUGGUGUUCAGUGCGAAAUGCUUGCGAAAUGUGAAUUUUUCAACGCCGGUGGUAGCAUCAAAGACAGAAUCGCUACAAGAAUGGUUGAAGAAGCCGAGAAAAGCGGUCGCUUGAAACCUGGCGACACCUUAAUCGAACCAACAUCCGGAAAUACUGGGAUAGGUCUAGCCCUGGUGGCCGCUGUCAAGGGCUACAGGUGCAUCAUCGUCCUCCCAGAGAAAAUGAGCAAAGAAAAAGUAGAUGUGUUGAAAGCGUUGGGAGCGGAAAUCAUACGGACCCCGACCAGUGCCAGUUUCGAUUCUCCGGAUUCGAACAUGCGUGUCGCUGCAAGGCUGCUUCGGGAAAUCCCGAACUCCCACGUGCUUGAUCAGUACAGGAACCCAGCCAACCCGUUGGCACAUUACGACGAAACGGCUGAAGAAAUAAUUCAGGAUUGCGAUGGAAAGUUGGAUAUGUUGGUGUGUGCGGCUGGGACUGGAGGAACAAUUGCAGGGCUGGCCAGGAAGAUAAAGGAGAAGAUUCCUAGCUGUCUGAUCAUAGGUGUGGACCCUGUUGGCUCCAUUCUAGCACAACCGAAGGAACUGAACGUUACGGAUAAAACUUUUUACGAAGUUGAAGGCAUCGGGUACGACUUUCUUCCUACUGUCUUUUGUAGAAAGUACGUGGACAGAUGGUACAAAUCGGAAGAUAAGCCAUCAUUCAUCAUGGCCAGGCGUCUAAUAAGGCAGGAGGGAUUGCUAUGCGGUGGCAGUAGUGGCUCCAUAAUGUACUGCGCGGUUCAGGCUGCCAAGGAUUACAAGUUGGGCCCGGACAAACGCGUCGUCGUCAUCCUGCCUGACUCAAUUAGGAAUUACAUGACCAAACAUUUGAACGAUGAUUGGAUGAGAGCGAGGUCAUUUU